AAUGACAAGCAGCACAUUUGUUUUUGUUCAAAGAAAAGUACAAACAUCAAGAAGCUGCAGUCAGCUGCGGAGAUUUUAGAAAUUAUUUUGUUUCUUUUCUUCCAAAAUGUUUCUUACUAAUAUUUUACUGAAAAAAGCGAAGAGCAAGAAUAUUCUUGUUCUAAUGGAGAGCGCUGUCAGUGGACAUCAGUUCACCAAAAUACGCGAACGGCUGGCUGAUAAGCUGGAACUCAUCCGGUUCGAUCCGUACAUACAACGUAAUUGCUUAUACAAGGAGCGAAGACGCGUCAGAAGUUUGAAUUGAAGGCAAAUGAUUUCCUGGAAUGUGUGUCUGUUAGGUAAUAGAUGAAUAGAAUGUU